GCGCCACCCGGAAGUAGAUAAUGCAAUGCAGGUGUCGCACAUCCUGAUCAUUUGACAACAUUCGCCGUCUUUUCUUACAGAAAACAAGCAUGUAAUAUAUAUUUACACAGCGUGGAUUCUGUCCAUUACAGAUACGAGUGGUUUCAGGCUUCAGUAGACUGUUUAAUAGAGACGUUGCGGUGAAGGAGGGAAAAAAAGGAAGCAGCUAAUUUUGCUGAUGGACUUCUUAUCGUGCGUUUUUGUUGUGCCAUCGUAUCGCAAUUUUGCUUCGUCGUUGGGAAUGAUUAUGGACAUGUAGCUAAUGUAGUGUUUUCUGUUUAAUAUCUUCGACUUUUUCCACGUUUAAAAGUGUGUUGUACGCUCACCGAAGGAGCUGAGAUUGCCCACCUUGCAGGCCACACUGUGUGUUUGUUUUCCUCUGUGAUACAUUAGCAGGGUUCUGGGUUAGUCUGCUAAUAAGUCAGUGUAAAACGCAACACAGCUCAUAUACAACGUUACAAUGAGUUUCUUUAGUUUUGGGCAGAGUGCGGACAUUGAUGUUGUCUUGAAUGAUGCUGAAACGAGGAAGAAGGCUGAACACAAAACUGAGGAUGGAAAGAAAGACAAAUAUUUUCUUUUCUAUGAUGGAGAGACAGUGAGUGGAAAGGUGAAUGUCACACUGAAGAAUCCGGGGAAGAGGCUGGAGCACCAGGGCAUCAAAAUUGAAUUUGUGGGCCAAAUAGAGCUGUAUUACGACAGAGGAAACCAUCAUGAGUUUGUGUCCCUGGUGAAAGAUCUCGCAAGACCCGGUGAAAUGACUCAGUCACAGACCUUCGACUUUGAGUUUACUCAUGUUGAAAAACCCUACGAGUCCUACACAGGCCAGAAUGUGAAGCUAAGAUAUUUUCUUCGCGCCACAGUGAUCAGAAGACUGAAUGACAUCAGUAAAGAGAUGGACAUCGUGGUCCACACACUGAGCACUUACCCUGAGCUCAACUCCUCCAUUAAAAUGGAAGUAGGAAUAGAGGAUUGUCUCCACAUUGAGUUUGAAUACAACAAAUCAAAGUACCAUCUGAAAGAUGUAAUUGUUGGAAAAAUCUACUUCCUGCUGGUGAGGAUUAAGAUUAAGCAUAUGGAGAUCGACAUCAUCAAACGUGAGACAACAGGCACCGGCCCGAGUGUGUACCAUGAAAAUGACACUAUUGCAAAGUAUGAAAUCAUGGACGGAGCUCCAGUCAGAGGGGAGUCUAUUCCCAUCCGGUUAUUCCUGGCUGGUUAUGAUCUGACUCCCACCAUGAGAGACAUCAACAAGAAGUUCUCUGUGCGCUAUUACCUGAACCUGGUGCUGAUCGACGAGGAGGAGAGACGUUACUUCAAACAGCAGGAAAUCACUCUGUGGAGGAAAGGGGACGUGGUGAGGAAGAGCAUGUCCCAUCAGGCAGCCAUCGCCUCUCAGAGGUUCGAGGGCUCGGCUGCGUCGGAGAGCGCGCUGGAGCAGGCGGCAAAGGAGGAGAGCGGGUAGGACAAGAACCACCACCCUGCAGACUCAUCGCCAGCGUCUGUGGUGGAGGAGAAACCUGUCGACUGUACAACAUCUGGUGAAGCAGCUGUGUUUGUCUGCAGCCGCUGCUCUUAAAGGGAGGAAGAAGGGAGGCCCACAUUCAGCACUGCAUUAUGGGAACAAUGAAACAGUUUGCAUGAGGCGUUCAGCGUGGCUUCAGGCUGCUGGUCCUGUCCUUCCUCAUUAAUGCUUUUUCUUUCCUCUUUUCUUUACAGGAGUCAAACUAAUCACCUGUCGCCAUGUCCACUGUGUAAACUUUUUCAUGUAAUAUUCGUACAUUUUGAAGCUCUCUCUUUGUUACAGUCUAAUGCUUUUAUGGGGUUAUUUCUAAUCUUCUAAUUAAUACAACUGGAUUAUCAUUCACUAUUAUGUAUCUCCAACAUUCCACCUUAAAAGAAGGCAUUCCUAACACUGUUUUAACGUCAAGAAAUCUGAAAUAACUGCACUGCUAUGACCAUGCUUAACACAUUUUUCUCUUUGUCUGUGUUUGCACAAAAAAACCCGAAUGAAACUGGAAUUUUAUUUCCUUAAUUUGAGCGAGAAAACUAAGUGUUAUCCAUUUUUUAAUCUGUAAAUAAGACCAUCUUAACCCUUUAAUCCUGUCCCCGGUCCAGCUUGUAUACAUUGAUUAUCCAGCACACGGUGCCACAGAAAUGUCCUUCAUGUUCAUGCGCUUUACCUCAGCAUUCCAGUGUUGUUAGGGAAAAGGGUCUGGUAGUGUGAAGACUUCUGUAUGCUCUCGAUUAGAGACUCCAGAGUUGUGCCUAAGUGUGUUAAGCAAAUGAAAUCCUCCUGCCUCUAACAUAAUUUUAGUCUUUUAACCAGAGAAAAACUUACAGUAGAACUAUCUAUCUUUUGCAAAAUGCUAAUCAAUUCUUCCUUGUCCUUCAAAGUCCAAUAAAUUGAUGCCAAAUGAAAAAAAAAAAAAAAAGCUUCGACUCUGUUGUGUCAAAGAAAGGAGUGAAAGUGUAACCGCACUUUGAUGCAAGUGUGGGAAGGCUGUGUAUCAAGAAUCCCUUCCUAUUAUUUAUGUGGAGAGGAUACAGGUGUUUCAUAUAUGGGGCAUCAAAUGGACAGUCAUUGAUUCCUGCAUUGCUGCAUUAUUUAAAACCUGCAAAUUAAAGCUCCUGUGAGAACAUUCUGUCAACUUUGGCGCCUCCUGUGGACAAAUGUAUACCUCAUCUCUUUGCUGAUCCUGUCCUGUACAUGUAUUCAUGUUUUCUGAUGAUAAAUCUCAUCCUGCCUUCUUUUAUCAGACAAACUUACUACUCAGAAUAUUUGCUGUGGAAAAGUGCAAAAGGCUUUACUGUUUGUCUGUCACCUACCCCUCUCAGUGGUUUAAGCAUUAAACAUUACAUUCAUCACAA